AUGCACAACAAAAUCAGCAAUAAGGCACAGUUUCAGCAUGUAUAUACCCAUGAGAAGUUUAGGGAAGUGCAAGCUCAAUUUAGAGGUAAAGUGAAUUGUAUCAAAAGAUCAAUGCAUUCCACCCUAGGUUUCACAUCAUAUGAAGUCAUAGAGCAGGUUUUCAACUCCACAUUCAACAAGUUUAUCGUCACCUAUGACGCAGUAUCACGAGAUGUAAAGUGCCAUUGCUUGCUUUUUGAGUCUAGGAGCAUAUUGUGCUGCCAUUUCCUAAGUGUUCUAAGCUUUGAGCGAGUGGAUAAUGUGGCACUGAAAUACAUAUUAGAACGCUGGAGCAAGAACAUAAAGAGGAGGCAUACACACAUCAAGAGCAACCAAGAUGAACCUCUACUGGAGCCAAGAAGUAAGAGAUUUGAUGAAUUGGUGUUUCGGUCACACAAUAUAUGUGAAUUUGCAUCUGAAUCUGAAGAGUUGACCGGAAUUUUACAUCGAGCAUUUGACAAGGUCAUGGUAGAGAUGGAAGAAUAUCAAGAGAGAAGUAAAGGAAAAAGUUUGUUAACCCACGAAGAAGCAACAUUAAGCAAUGUGAAUGACAUUCAAAGCCCACCACGUGUCAAAACAAGAGGUCGGCCCAAGAACAGACUUGGAUCAAACCUGAAAAAAAAGAUCUCAAAUGCUAUGAAGAAAAAGAAAAAGACAGCUCCAAGCGAGUUGAACCUUUUAGACUCCGGAUCAUCGAUUCAGUCAAGCUCCACUAUUUAUAAUACACCAGAUAUGAAUUAUCCAAGAGAGGAUUUUUUUUUAUUCGUCUAG